ACUUGAUUUUACCUUUUCAGAUACAGUAUGGGGUGGUGAAGGGAUGAGAACGGGCAGCAGGACUCACAGCAAGGGGCGGGGGCAGCAACAAGGGAGCAGCCUUAGAAGACUUAGCACUCCCCCGCUCAAGAAGACUUCCACACUAAAGUUUAAAGCUAAGGUAACCAAAAAGGAGAGUGUAGGAAUUGCCAGUUCUUCUCGAAGGAGCAGAAGUGGGAGAACACAAACAAAACGUUCUUCUUCCACUUCAUGCAGUGAGUCCCCUCCAAAGGUCACCUCUGGAGGAGUUACCUUUCGAAGUCGUUCUGCAAAAUCCAGCAGUCAGUCUCCAGGUCGGGCCUCCACCCACACCUCUCCAAGUUGCAAGGCCUCUGGGAAGUCUCCUGCUCGGAGAUCUCCAUGCAGAUCCCCAUCACGAGGCCUCUUUGAUGGUGCUAAAGUAACAGGAAAAGGGGCUAAGGCUUCUACAAAGUCAGAGACCGAAAAUCCAAAACCAUUGAAAACUGUCGAAAGCUUAAGUAACCAGAAAGCCAAAUUGGUGUCAGAUAAACAGGAAAUGCCCAAAGCAGGGCGAGACAUCCCCUCUGAAGGAAACAAGUCAGCCUCACAGAGUGCCAAAUCACCUUCAUUAGACAAAGGGAAGAAAUCCGUGGUAAGUGGAAAGUCCAGACGAAAUUCGGAAUCCAGAAAUGACAUUGUGAAGUCUGGUGAUGAAAAGGAGGAAAAUGAUAAAGAUGGAAAGAAAAAGGGAAAGAAAGUGAAAGAACCUUGUGCUGAGAAACAAGAAAAUGACAAAGAAGUGAAAAAGAAGGCUGGGAAGAAAGUUGAUGAGAAGAAAGAUGAAAAAGUGGCAAGAAAUAAGUCAAAGAAAAAUGAUGAGAAAGAUGAAAGUGAAAGAGAAUUGAAAAAGAAGGGUAAGAAAACUGUGGAAGAAAAAGAUAGGAGUGAAAACAAUGGAAAGAAACUUGAGGAAAGUGAUAAGGAUGGAAAAAAGAAAGAAGAAAGUGAUAAAGAUAUAAAAAAGAAAAUAAUAGAUGAUGAGAAAGAUGGAACAAAUAAAGAACAGUGUGAUAAAGAAAAUAAUAGGAAGGAAGAAUUUGAGGAAGAAGGAAAAAAAGAAGAAUGUGAUAAAGAUUGUAAAAAGAAAGGAAAAAAGAUAGGUGAUGAGAAUGGGGAAAGUGACAAAGAAGGGAAAAAAGGAAAGAGGACAGGGGAUGAGAAACUAGAUAAUGAUAGGGAUAGUAAAGAGACCAAGAAAUUAGUGGACGCUAAAAGUGGUGACACAGUUUCAAGAGUAGCAGAGAAAGAGGCGACCUCUCCCAGCACAAAAGACUGCAGCUAUCUUAACAAAUCGCCAUCGGGUAAGGAAAAACUUGACCGGACAAUGCUCAAGAAUGAUACCAAAGAACCUAGUGAGGAUGGUAGUUCUUCCACGAGUAAACCAAAGAAAAAGGGCGCGGCGAAGAAACUUUUAGUAGAUAGUGAAGGGGAAAAUAGCUCAGUUUAUGGUAAAGACGACAGAGAAAAGAAAACUUCCUCCUCGUUCAAAAAGGAAAAUGGAACAUUGAGCGGUGACUUCAAAGACAGUAAAAGUAAGUCUUCGUAUCCAGUGUCUCAAGACGCACCAGUGCCUAAGAAAAGAGGAAGACCAAAAGGAAGUAAAAAUAAGAGAAAAAAUGAUGGCUUACCCCCUGCCAGACCCAAGAAAGAUAAAAACAAAGUUGAUAAAAAACAGAAUUCAGCAAAACCAAACACCAAAAGUAAGAGAGAAAGAAGUGUGUUUUCUUUUUCAGAGAGUGAGGGGGAGAAGGAUGAAAAACCAUCUAAGAGAAAAAAGAAAACGACCAAACCUAACAAUAAAGUUAAGAGGGAAAAGGAGUUUAGGGAUGAUGAUGACGAUGGCGAUGAUGAUGAGGACAACUCGAGCACUGACUCAGUAUCAUCAGAUGAAGACUCCAGGGAAUCACUCCAUGGCAUUCGUAAAGGUAAACUGUGUGGAAAUAGAUCAGAGUGUCCAAAAAAAGUUGUAAUUGGGGGUAAAAUAUACAAGCUGAAGAAAGAAUCUUCAAAAUCUCGCAUUAACAAUAAAAAACCACAAAAAAUUUUUUCCAACAAGAAAAUUAAGAAGCAGACAUCAGAAGCAUCAGACUCUGCAGAAGACAGUGAUGACAAGAGGUCAUCAAAGAUGAAAGUGAGCAAGAUUGCCAAAGUAAGAUCUGAUGACAGUGAAAGUAGUGAUACUGAGGAAGCAAAGAAGAUCAAGGCUUCACCAAAGAGAAUUGUGUGUAUGAAUGAGGAGACGAGUGAUGAAGAGGUCAGUGAUGAUGAUGAAGACUGGGCAGCAUCAAAAGAACGUGGAAGACAUACAAAGAAUCUCAAAGCAAGAAAAGGACUUGCAAACAAUAGGAAGAAGAAGAAAACAAUGAAAGAUAAAUUGAUUGAGAAAAGUGAUGAAGAAAAGGAUGAUGAAUCUGAAGAGGAGGAGGAAGAAGAUGAUGGAGAAUAUGAAGAGAAUACUAAGCAAAAUGGAUUAGUAAACAGAGGUAAUAAAAAAGGAAUCUCUAAAGAAAAGAAGCGUAGCACCAACCAGAAACAGAUGAAAGAAAAACCAUCCCCAAAAAGCAGUCUUAAAUCAGAGUCAUCAUCGGAAGAAAAUGAUGAAGACGAUCAAGACACGCUUAAAAAAUCAAGGAAGAAAGUGUCAUAUAAAAACUCAUCUGGACGAGUUUUAAAGAAGUCAUCCAAAGGGGAUUCCAAAGUGGCCAUCAAGAAAACCAAAAAAGUUACUUUUGUUAAGAAAGGUACAAGGGGGAAAGAUGACACAUCUGAAGUUGAUGAAAGUGACAAAGAAAGUGACAGUGAAUAUGAAGCGAAUACACGAAAAAAGAAAUCAGGAAAAAGCAUUUUGAAAACUAAAAAGCAUUUGUUAAAAAGUAAGAAGAGAGAAGAGAGUAUAGCUCCUCCCCGGCGGGCAGCUCGCAUGGCAAGUCUCAAUGCUCGAGCUAUGAUGCAUUGUAUAAAUGAAGACGCCAGAACUCCCUUACCUGUUCUCCCAGCAUCUACUCCUAAGAAUGACAUGGCACUUGUACUAAGAGACCAAGUAAUUCCUGACAGUAAUUCAGAGGAAGAGUCUGACGAAGAGGACAGGGACUAUGACACUGAUGAUGAAAAACACGGGAAACGGCGCAAGAAUGUGAAAAGGAAAAAUGAGGAGGAAACAGAAAAGAAAGUGAAAAAGAAACGUAAAAGACGAAGAGGAGAGUUAGACGUGCACAUGGACAUGCGUGAUAUGGUUGUCACAAAACGUAUGGCCAGUCUGAAUGCUUCAGCAAUAAUGGCUGCAAGUUACUCCAGUGAAUCUCGUAAAAGAACUCCAACGGCAGCAGCUACUAGUUCCUCAGCAGAAAGUGAAAUAACAAAUGUUGACAUUAAAAGAAAAAUAUCGGUCAAGUCCACCAAGGCUCGAAACACAACAACUAGCAGUGUGAUAACUGUUGAGGAAACUACCAAGAAGGUCAAAAAGGCUCAAGGAAGUCGUGAAACAGAAGUGGAGGAACACAUUAUAGUUAAAAAGAAAGUGAAGCGUCAAGGUGCUGCCGACACUGAUAGAGAAGAUGGCAAUGGAACGGACAAUUCUGAAUUGACAACUGAUAUUCUUGUUCGGGGUGAAGAGGAGCCCAAAAGUGUUGUUGAAGAAUCUACACGCACAUAUAUUACCUCCCAAACACCAGCUGCACCUCAGACAGUCACCAUCUCAGGAGAAAGUACGUACUGUAUCACCUCAAGCGAUGGCAAAACCACAACAAUGGUGAAGCAGGUACAACGAAAGACAACUACCACUGGAUGUUCAACUACAUCAGCUCCUCCUACUGCCUACAUUCCUCCCACUCAUCAUGUACAACCUCAGCCCCACACCAGCAGCUAUUCCUCUCCUCCGCAAAAGUCAGACAACUACACACCUCUGGGAGCACUCUCCACUAUGCAGCCCGUCAUGAGUCCUGGUGGUACGCCUCACCACCACCACCACCAUCAUCACCAUCAUCCCCAUCCUCCCCAUCCUCCCCAUCCCCCACCUCACCAUCAGCCUCCCCCGCCACCACACCAUCAGCCUCCCCCACCACCACACCAUCAUACUCCCUCCUCUCACCAUCCUCCUUCCUCUCACCAUCCUCCCCCACAUCCAUCCUCACAUAACUAUUCUCAGCCCCAUCACCAUCACCCACACCAUCAACCAUACCCUCCUCCUCCUCCACCAACCAGCCACCCUCAUGGCGCCACUGCUCCACCAGGGCAUCACUGCGGGUAUCAUCCACCACCUGUAACACCGCCAUCUCCUAUUGUUAAUCCCACCCAAGGGAAUCCCCCCUCAACAGGACCACCUAUGGCUGGUCCUACAUAUCCCAGCCACUCCUCACCUGGGUAUUUGCCUCCCAGUCAUGCAGUAGCACCCACCCACUCAACCCAUCCAUCCCAUAAUUCACCAAAACAGCUAGGUUCUCCAAAUCAUGUGUCUCCAAGUCUGAAAAGUCCACCUGUGAACACUGGGAUUCACCCACCUCCGGGCUCACCCCGGGCAGUACCUGCACCAGGACAUGUUGAACGACACCACUCUGCUUUUACCGCUCCGGCCCCUUCAAUUCAUUCACCUGCAGCAUCCACUCCAGCAGGCUACCAGCCAGUGAGUGGGCCCAUGCCGGUUAAAGCAAAUUACACAGCCACCACCUCAGACGGCACCAGCCCCUACAAGGCUCCCAAGGGAUCACCAGUGGCAGCAGCUCCCCCUUAUUCCUCUCCUCCUAGGCUUACUUCUCCUCCACUCCCAAUUAAAGCUCCUCCCAAUCAGUCUGGUUCUGAGCCCUAUACUCCACCCUACCAGUACCCUACCUACAGCUAUCACCCGGCUCCCCCAGCCCCACCACCGCACGUAGCGCCCUAUGACAAGUAUUAUCCAAGGGGAGCAACAUACCACUUUUAUCCUCCAACUUACUCUGGGGGUCAGUAUGCUGCCCCAGGUGCUGAGUAUUCCUAUCCUCCCCCACAACCUGGAGGUGUUCACUACUCUCAAGAGAGCUACACUUCCUAUACCCUAUGUGUGCCCAACCCUCCUCCCCAGGGACCCCCCCAGGCAUUAGCUCUGCCUCCCCCACCGCCACCCACGUCCAAUGGCCCUCACCCUCCUGCGUAUGCCACAUAUCACUACACGGAAUAUACACCGGUCUUCACGUAUCCUCCCCCGGGUACGAUUGUUAAAAUAAACUUCAUAGGACCCUCAUCACAGAGUACAAUUUGCUGUCCAGUGGAUCCAAAAAACGUGCAUACUUGGCCCCCUACUGGAAAUGGUAGAGGGCCAGAAGCUGCAACAAACAGCGCAAACCAGUGCAGUAGCAUGGGCCAAGGUGGGGGUCCAGGCUACCAAUAUCAGUAUCACCCCACACAACAACCACCGCCUCAUCCUCCUCAUAGUGGAGCCCAACAAGGCUGUGGUGCAACAUCAGUGUACCAUACUGGUCCUCUCACUACUGUGAUGACCACUGGUACCCAACCAACCAUCCAGGUGUUUGGAACUGUUGUACCACAACAAACAGUAACUCUAAUGCCAUCCCAGGAUCCCCAGGCAGUUACUGCCCCUCCUCCCAAUGUUCCCCCACCAGUGCCUGCCCCAGUGCCUCCCGAUGUGCCUCUCUCUCAGCCUCAUCCUACCACCACCACGACCAUGGUGGCCAUGGCACCUAUCACCGUUACUGUGCCCAUCAAUCCUGGGGCUCCUGUUGGUUCUCAGUCUGUGGUACAGUCAGGCAGAGCUCCAACACAAGCAAGCACAACUGUUUCUGGGGUUCCAGAACAUACUAUAACUACACCACAGCAAGCUACAACCUUUGUUUCUAGGAUUCCUCAACAUGCCAUGACUCCUGUUCAUGUAACAUCAGCUGUUACCUCUGAGGUGCCUCAACCAACCACAUCUCCCUCAAAGCCUGCCACAGCUCUUGUUUCUGAGGCACCGCAGAAUGCCUUAGCUUCUGCACAAGUUUCUACAGCUGUUGUCACUGGCAUUCCUCAUUCACCUGUCAUCCCUUCAGGAAUUAACACAGCUGUAGUUACUGGAGUUCCUCAGUCUGUCAAAAAUCCCACAAGGCCUACUACAGCUGUUGUUACGGGUGCACCACAACCAGAUGUAACUCCUUCACAGAAUAUAACAAAUAUUUCUUGUGAGUUAUCUCAGCCUGUUGCUAUUCCAUCUCAGGUCACUACAACAGUCACACCUCGAGUACCCCAAUCAAGCUUGGGUCAUCAAGGUACUUAUGCUGUAGUCACUGGUAUACCUCAGUCUGUUGUGGCACCAACACAGGUCACUGCAGUUGUGGUCACAAGUGUACCUCAGUGUGUUGUAGUACCUACACAGGUUACUACAGCUGUGGUUACUGCCAUACCCAAACCUGUUGUGGUACCUACACAGGUCACUACAACUGUGGUCACUUCUGUCCUCCAUCCUGUUGUAGCACCUACACAGGUCACUGCUGUACCUCAACCUGUUGUAGCACCUACACAGGUAACUACAAGUAUGGUCUCUGCCAAACCCCAACCUGCUGUUGUACCUACACAGGUCACAACAGCUGUGGUCACUGCCAUCCCACAACAGGUUGUGCCACCUACGCAGAUCACUACAGCAAUCGUCCCUGGUAUACCUCAACCUGUUAUGGCUCCUACACAGGACACUUCAGUUCCAUCAGAGAUCCAUGGCACCAUCGUAUCCAGUGUGAGUCAGCUGGUGAGCCAAACUCAACCCACUGACAUCAGAGUAUCUGGGGUACCACAGUCUUCACUGGAUGUAGCAGAGGUGAAUAGCCCUGUUAGUAAAUUUCAUACAACUUUCACACAUGUUACUGCUGGAAUUUCUAGUGGGCCUAAACUCCACAAGGAUUCUUCACAAACUAGCAUUUCUGCCAUGCCUAAACCUCAUUUGGUUUCCACGCAAGCUGCCACUGCUGUGGUCACUGGUGUUCAGAAAGCUCACACAGAUUUGACACAAGGUACUGUAGCUGUUGACACAAGGGUCUUAGAACCUCACAAGGUUUUGUCACAAGUUACUACAGCUGUUGUGACAGGUGUGCCUAAAGUCCCCAUGGUUUCCACUCAAGCAAAUACAGCCAUUGUAUCUGGAGUGCCUCGACUAUCAGUGAGGCCAACACAGGUCACAACAGUUAGCAUUUCUGGUAUUUCUCCUUCUGUGACCAAUGUUUCACAGAUCACAACAGCCACUUCUGCAGAGGUUCAGAAGGUUGCAGAUCCAAUAAUAAAGGCUGCUGUAGAUAUUAAUCCUGAAAAACUCCAACAUGAUGUAAAUUUAUCAAAUGGAACUUCAUUCAAAAUUACAAGAAAUACAUAUACAAUGGUUGCUAGCCAGGGUUCUGAGCAUAGUUCUGUUGAUGCUAAGAAAAAUAUUUCCAUUACUACUUCACCACAGCAAAAUUUUAAGGAUGUCAUAGACACUGUUGACAUGGAUUCACAGACUACAACAGCAAGAGCAGUGCUUGAACCAACCCAGAGUGUGUCUGCUCUUGGAACUUCGUUCAAAGAAGGAUUACGAAAUACAUGUUCAGUGCCUCCCAUGGAUGAGGGCGGAGUUGUAAUUAAGGAACUUCCUUCUGCUAAGAACAGAAAAGCCAGAUCUUCUGUUUCAGACCUAGAAAUAGAAUCUCUUCGAUCUGUCAACACUGCCACAUCUGCCCAAGUUGGUCCAGAUCUUAUUAUAAAUAUGGACUCUAGACCAAAUAAAAGUUGGAGUCCAACACAGUCAGGAACUUCUUCAGAAACCACACCAUUUCCAUGUGCCUCAAAUGCUGUUUGUGAUGCUCAGACCACGACCUCGGUUACUAAUAGUUGUAUAACCAACGUGCCAGAAGUUAGUGGGAGUUUUACAGGAAGUGCCUCUGAUUUGGUUUCUUCUUCAAGGAUGACUCUGACACCUUCAGUUGUGGCACCCUCUACCAGAAGCCAUACCCUCACUGGAUUAUCAGAAGGAGUGGUUCUGAAUCCUAGCAAGCCGACAGUUGCAACUCAAACCACAAGUACAGCACCUACUAUAUGUAAGUCCACCAUGGCUGGUACUAACAGUCAACAAGGAUCAAUCUCUGUGAGAGACAAGUUAAUUAUGAGUGUACAAUGUAAAGUAGCACAAACUAAAGAUAGUGAUACAGCUAAGAAUUUUGUACCCAGUGGAGGCACUCCACAAGUGGGUUAUCAGAGACCUGGCCCCCGGCACCUACUUUGUCAGACAUUGCCCACACCGACAGCCACUGCCCAUUUAGCCAAAGCAAAGUCUUCAUCCAGUUCUAAUGCACACAGAAUGUUGGUAAAGUCUGAAGACAAAAGUAAAGAUACAAAACCAAACAUUCCAGAAAAUGUUCCUAUUAGCCAAAGUAAUUCAGGUUCUUUUGAGGUAUCAUCUAAUAUGAUAUCCAUAGGUGACACUCAGAAAAAUGAUUUGAGAUCCGAUUUAAUAGAUGUUAAAACAGACAUUAUUAGUUCAGCGCCACUGGUUCGUAAGAGAGGUCGUCCUCCAAAAACAAGAGAUACCAGUAGUGAUAGUAUCGUGCUGGAAACGUCAUUCCCAAACCCUAAUCCAGAUCCUGAUCAUAAAUCUACAGCUGUCACGUCCUGCAUCCAAGGAGUGCCCUCAGAAAAAAAUACUGAUGUUCCUUGUGAGAGUGAGUUACAUAGAAAUAGGACUAAUGAUUUAUGCUCACAAGGAAAAAACUUGAGAUCUCAGACAGAAGAUAAGAAAAAGGAAUAUUUAAAAUCUUCCAAAUUAUCUCUCUCACCUUCCAAGCAGUUAGACUGCAAACAUGAUAUCAAACCUAGUGAUCCAAUGAAAAUGAUGAGCAUCAAGACAGAAGAAGUUUUGUCAGAAAUUAAGACAGAAGUGACUCCAAAAGGAGUAACCAAGAUUUCUUCUUUCAAAGUGUCUCCCAAAGAUAGUCCUCUCUUUAAAGCAAAAAUAAUAAAUGGCCAAGGUGACAUACCUCUUAAAAGCGGUUCUUUAUCUAAAAAGUGUGACAUGUCCUCACCCACAAAAGCUGUGGGGUUUACAGAUAGUUUGAAAUUAACAAAAGGCUUGCGAGAUGUAAAAAAGUCCCCUUUGGGACUGUUGAGUGACCAAAGAGUGCCCAAAAAUAGUGUAGUUGCAUCCAAAUCAAAAUCUAAAGAGGCUCUUGAUAAGAAAUUGAAUACCUCAACUAAUAAUGUAAAAAGAAGGAAUAGUGAGAGCUUGGGGACAAGCAGUAAUAAGGCUUUAAGUACAAAGACAGGUGUAACUGAAGGUGCUUCUAAAACUCUUGCAGGAACAAAGAGCCAAACCUUGAAAUCUCAGAAGAUUACCAAAUCAUCUAAGAGUACUUCCCGUCGUUCACCCCCAAAUGGGAAACUGAAUAGGAAAAAAAGCCUUUUAGCAUACUUAAAGGAAAAAAAUAAUGAAAGUGAUACAUCCAGUGUUGAUUCAGAAGUGGUGAGUGGUGGACGAAAAAAAUCCAAAAGCAAAGAGGAAUCCCAAAAAUCCAAUAGUGCCUCUCCCUUCCCUACAUUCCCCCCACUGCCAAUAAAUGCUGGUUCUCGUCGCAGGAGCGCUACAGCCCAGGGCAAGUGCAAGUCUGCCAAGAAGCCAAGAUGGGUGCACAACUGGUCCUGGGAAGGUGAACCUUUCGAGGGGAAGAUCUGGCUAAGAAAUGAUGAACUUGAACUUGUCAGAACUUGUUAUACAGCGAUGCGCCAUAAGGAAGGUGAUGUUGUCCGCGUCCGAGACUGUGUUCUGUUGAGAUCUGGACCACGAAAAACAGACCUUCCCUUUGUUGCCAAGAUAGCUGCAUUAUGGGAAGACCCCGAAACUUCUGACAUGAUGAUGUCUAUUUUGUGGUAUUAUCGUCCGGAACACACUGACUCAGGGAGACGUCCGGACGACCUUCCUGAUGAGAUCUUUGCCUCCAAACAUCGAGAUCAUCUUAGUGUAGCGUGCAUUGAAGAUCGUUGCUAUGUCCUUACAUUUAAUGAAUACUGCCGAUAUAGACGGUUUCUCCGCCUCUUUCAAGAAGGUGUGUAUCCAAUAGCAACGCCAGUUCCAGAUCCAGAAGAAGGCUAUUGCCGUAAAGAUCGCCAACCUCCAGGUUGUGUGGUGCCAGAACUUCUCUUUUUUUGCAGAAGAGUGUAUGAUUACCGCAUUAAGAGGCUACUGAAGAACCCUUGCUGAGGGUGUGUUAGGGGGGAGGGGACAGAGUGUGCACAGGAGGACAAGCAAUACACAUGGAGUGCAGCCAGUGAGGAAAUUUUUAAUGAGGAAAUUUUUAAUAAUGCUGACAGUGAAGAUGACACAUCAAGAGUUUUUGAACUAAAGGCACUCUUUUUCUUGUGGCCAAUAAACUGAAGAUUUUCUGGAUGUUGCCAGGCAUUCCAGACAAAUUUAUUUAUCUUAAGAUUGAAUUAAUAAAGAAUUUUUAAGUACUGCGGAUAUAUACAUACAUAUAUAUACAUAUAUAUAUAUAAAUAUUUAUAUAUUAGUAUUUAUAAACUAAAUAUAUUAUCAGAGUGAAUAGUGGAACAGAAAAUCAAAUGAGUGAAGAAGAGUGAAAACUAAGCUAUGUCAUCCUUAAGGUUACUGCCAGUGGUUCUCUUAGUUAUAUAAUUAGUGUCACAAUAAGUAUUUUGUCAUAUAAUAAGCCAAUAGGUCUGUACAAAACACAAAUUUUUAUAUGUAUGCAUUGCUUGUGGUAAGCAUCCAUUUAAUAUCACCAGUAUGACAUAUUAGGUAAUAAUUAUUUAUGAAGAAAAUUUAUUCUUAAGGAUGAAUUCAUUGUUGCCAGUUUUAAACUAUUUCCUUGCUUAACUGAUGGAUGAAUUGAGCAAGUUCCUUUAUUUAAUAAUUAAUGUUAUUUUCUCAACCAAAGCUUCAAAUAAUCUUUGAUCUAUUCAUAUUCCUUUGAUUCUUGUCUAGCCAAAUAUUACCUGUAUUCAAGGAUAACUAGAUUUAUACUUUGCUCUUUCUAAUGCUUUCUCAGCAUGUAGUUAGAUGACCUGAAAGUUGUAAGUGAUCCAUAAGAAUACAGUCAGAGGAGUUAAGUGUAAGUUUAUUGGUCUCAGAAUACAGGUAUCGUACUUGAAAGUCAAACAAAGUGAGUCGAAACUAGUGACUAGUAGAGAAUGGGUGUGGGUCUAGAUGAUAGUGAGGUUGCAGUUCUUGAGCACAGCAAGUUAAUAGGGAGCGGCUGCCCUUAUUUUAAAAAUUAUAUAGAACCAUAUUGACACAUAUCUCUCAGAGUAUAUGGCACAGAGUAUGCAGUAGUGUGUACAGGCUGGUAAAUAGUUAUGAAGUCAGCUGUGGAGAAUGAGGGAGUUACAAGUAUAUUACAGUACAGAAGUGUGUGAGGACAAAUAGUUAUAAAAUGUUUCAGUCCACAUAACCUGACAUGUUGCUGCAUAUUCUUGAUUAUUUGCACUUUUAAUCAGCUGAAUAAAGAUUAGGUUAACUGAAGAAAUACUUUUGAUGUAAGAUAGAGGAGUAAAGUGUUAACAGUGUCUGUGACUUGUCUUUAAUUUCUUUGUUUACAUAAAUGAGAUUGUGUUAUAUAUUUCCUGUUCACAUUACUUGUUAUUUGUAUUUUUUAUUUGACAAUCACAAAAUAUAUUGACUUUCUUAUUUUUUUAACAUCGAUCAGAUAUUUUAUGUGUUUUAAAAGUUUACUACUCUGAUAAGAUAAUUGCACAUGCUCAUGCAGUAACUAUGAUUUUGAAGGAUAAUUUAUCGUAUAUCCUAAGGAUUAAAAUGCAUUUAAUAAAACAUUAUGCAAUGUAUGGACUUUUGAAGCAAACAUAGGCAUUCAAGUAAUAAUUGGACAUAAUUAGGUAAAUGUAAAAUAAGUUGAAGAUUCUUCCUUUGGCAUUUUGUUCAGGCAUGUUGAUAAUUGUGCAUUAUAUUUUGAUCGUUUUUAAUAUAGAUACAGUAUAAAGAUAUAUUUUCAUACCUAGUCGUUCCUCUCAUUCUUCAUUCCAAGGUCGAAGCAUAUGGUCUAUUUGAAUUAUUUAUGAUGAUUUGUUUUCUAUUGCCUAAAGUUCAGUGACAGGAUUAAUUAGCCAAAACCAUUUGUACUAUUUAUGUAAUAUUUUUAUCAUCCUUUUGGGUGGUACAGCAUAAUUUUUCCUAAAUAUUUCCAUUACAGUCUGUUUGCCCUUGCUUUUGGGCAUCCUACAUUGUAGCAGGAAAAGGCUUGAAAGAGAUUGAAUCUGCUGUCUUAACAAUACCACAUUUUUAAAAUGUAGUCUUUACCUGGAACAUUUCUUGAAGAAUGCUGUAUGUUCGGUUUCUUGUCAGACGAUGAAGAAGCCUCUAAACUUCUUAAGGAGUGUGUAGGAGAAGGUUACAUAAGUAAAGAUACAUCAUAGAAGAAGUGGGAAGAAAGAUCAAGAGAUGUAUGAGAGAACAAACAAGAAAACAGGAGAAAGUGCAUCUAAGUAUAGUCAAAAAUAGAUCAAGAAUUGUCAUAAGCUGCAUCAGCCCAGGCUGGUCAAAACAUUUGCUCAGGCUGGUCAAACAUUUGCUCAGUCAGUUGUGAGUCACCCAGAAUUGGAAGUCAUAUAGGUGAGUGAAAGAAUAUAAAAUAUUAAAAUUGGUGUGCAAAGAAAAUUGUGGAGUUUGUUGUUGGAUUUAAUACAGUAUGUCAAAAAUAUAUAAAUCGUCAUCGGUAGGAGAAAAAACGACAAAAAUUUCAUUUUCUAUAAAGCUAAAGGAGUGCUUCCAUGGAUGACUUGGCUAAAUGGAAUAACCUUGAAAUUCAGAAUACAACCUUUAAAUUUUAUACAAACUAGGAAUAGUUUGAUGGCUAUAUAUUCAGUUUUGUUCUCAAAGAUUACACAUUUAAAUUUACUAAUGCAGUUAUGUCAAACAUUUAAUUAGGAUUUUUUAUUUUAUUUAUUUAAAUUUUUAUUAAUGUGGCAGAUUAGUAGCUUUUAACUAUCUUUUAAAUUUCAAGAUAAGGCAAGAAAAGUCUUUGAGAUUCCUGUUUAAUUUCCUAAUUGUUGUAGGUGAAGUUGAUAUUGCCUAAAUGGAACAAAUCUAUCAAUUUUUUGGUGGUAGAUGGUAUUCUCUCUCUGCACAGUUCAAGUGAAGAAAACAAUACUGUUUUUCCAGUUGCAUGUGUGCCUAUUACAAAACAUGCUUAGAAGAUGUAAGUUAAAGGAAAGAUUGUCAAAUAUUUAUUUUAGUAAAGCUGCAGAUCCCAAUAAUGCAAGACUUUUGUAGCUGUGAUUCAUCAAGUGUUUUGCAACACAUUCUUUAAACCUCAGAUUCCAUAUUUGGGUUGAUAAAGCACCAAUGUCAUUGAUUACCAUGCACUGCUUUUUUUGCACACUUUUUGGUAUUUUGAAUAAACUUGCAAAUUUUUUGGGGAGAGCAAGUAAACGUUGUAUCUCGUCGGAUUACUCGUGAUCAUUUUUAUAUUAUUCAGACGAAACACAUUUAAGUACUGUUCGUUUCUUCCACUGAGAGAGACCUGACGAGUAUGUAUAAUGAGGUUCAUGUUAAAAUUAUAGCUUUGCACAGCCUAGAUCUAGAUUUUUAUAGUUUCCUAUAUAAUGGACAAAUGUCUUUUGGAUUUGUGGAAUUGCGUGAUCAUUAUGUUACCUUUAAAUGCCUUUGUUCUCUUUGGCACACAGUUUUCUUUUUGCAAUUUUAUUUAUAUAUAUAUAUAUAUAUAUAUAUAUAUAUAUAUAUAUAUAUAUAUAUAUAUAUAUAUAUAUAUAUAUAUAUAUAUAUAUAUAUAUAUAUAUAUAUAUAUAUAUAUAUAUAUAUAUAUAUAUAUAUAUAUAUAUAUAUAUGUGUGUGUGUGUGUGUGUGUGUGCGUGUGUGUAAGAUACAAGUGUGCAAAAUAGGAAGUGAUUAGGAGAGUGUUUUGAUUGAAUCUGUUAUUAUCUGUCCCAGUAGUGUCUAGUUAGUGUCUAGAUAUGAGACUCUUGUUCAUAGUCUUUAUCUAGAGCAGAGCUUUUCUAGUGAGCCAACAUUGGCAAGUCUUGACUGUUAGUUUGUGUUGUGCUAGUGAGUAGAUGAUAGAUAGUCUUUGGGUAAUUUGUUAUGGCAAGGAGUCUAUAUUAUUACAGCAAUUGAGUAUGAUAAUUAAGAUAUGUAAAUAAAAAUAGAUUUAUGUUUAAAUGAAAUAAAAUUACAAACUUGU